GUUCUUCCACUGGUUCUUCCAUCGCUGCAUGAAACCUGACCUCGCUGACAAAGUGAUGCGUGAUCUGGAGGAUGAUCGCAGCCGUAACGGCGAAACAUGCUUCGCCACUCUGACAGAUGACGAAGACGCGUCAGAAAGUGAGUCGCAGAAGCUGGUCAUGUUCACAGACUGCGACAACGAGCCUCUGGAUGUUGAGGGAAGUCGCUGCUGCGGGUCCAUGUGCAAACGGAUUCUUCGGAUGCCUUACCACCAGAAGGUCAUCAUUGGUGGCACUCUCGGCGGGCUGAUCCUGCUGCUGUUCGGAGGGCUGUGCCACUGGAAGUCGGAAGGCUAUGCACAGCUCCGAAUAAACUACUCGGAGUGGGAUGACGACACCCGCGAGGAUGCAAGCUUCCUUGAGCGCUUCUUCCUGCACUAUCCCGUGGGCACCAGAAAUGACGAGGUGUUCUCCAUGAAGCGCGAGGACUGCAAGGACCUCAUAGAGAAUGGGAUACGGAUCAAGAACUGCACGAAAACGGUUCAAAGCAAUUAUUUGCUACGGAAGCCGAUGCUGUUCUACUCUGUAGGGCCCAUGUACCAGAACUACAACCACUACAUGAAGUCGGAAGUGAUACAGGAGCUCUACGGCAAGUGGGACGAAGACAAGGAGCAGUCUGGACUUCAAAAUCUUCGCGAGGCCAAGUGCCCCUACCGCACGCGCGAGUUCGUGAAAAGCCCAGGGGCGGAGCCUUUGCAGCUGGUGCCAUGUGGGCUGAAGGCAAUGAGCUUCUUCAACGACUCGUUCUAUGUCCAUAACUACCACAUCGAUCCCAAAGGCAUUGCUUGGAGAUCGGACGUUGGACGCUACAGCAAUCCGAGAUUCAACGAUGCUCCAUGGGACCCUGAAAAGGCAGAGCAACACGACAACAAGAUCCAAUGGCUCUUCCAAACUUUUCCUGGUGUGAUCAGCGACGAGGAGAACGUCAAAGACGAGAACUUCGUGAACUGGAUGAGACCAUCUGCACUUCCUCGGGUCUGGAACAAAGUGGGUUUCAUCGACGAGGAUUUGCACAAGGGCCAGAACAUCACCGUGACCAUCACAUCGCGCUGGGACACGGAGACCAUUCCGGGAGGUUACAAGUCCUUGGUCAUCACAGAGUACGGAAGGUUCGGCACCCGCCACGAUGGGUUUGCCCGCGUUCUGGGGCAGCUUGUCUGGCAGUUUCGGAAUGGGUUUUGGCUUCAUGCAGGGUCUAAGCCCUGCAUUUGA